UGAGUGAUCAAAUAAGCUUGACUCCAAAGCAAAUCCCUGAGACUUUGACAGGAAGUCUUACUUCUUCAUUCUCUACCAAGAAGGCCAAGUUCAUUUCCCCUCUAGAAAUAGUCCUUCAGAAGAAUAAGACAAGGAGGUGCACAAAUAAUGACAAUAAGCAGGAAUAACAGAAAAUAAGAACUAUUUCCCUGUCCUUAAACACAUUGCUCCAAUUGCUAAAGAUCCGAAAUAUAUGAGAAUCGAGAGCCAAGAGGAUGAUGAGAAAAUAGAAAGUGUUAAACCUGACACAACGAAUUAUGAUAAGAAUUUUGACCAAGAGCAGUCUUAUGGGUUAUACAAGCCUUCAUCCAUUGAAAAACUCCGGGCAGACUUGCACAAAUAUUCACUAGAUUACACUGAUUAUAACAAAAGCAAUAUCUUAGAAAGUUUGAAGUAACAAACGCAGACUUAAGAGAGGGACGAUAAUUCAUAAUAAGAAAUCCACAGGAAUGAUAGGAAAUAAUAAGCGAAGCUUGAAAGGUGGUCUGUCAAGACAUUUGACUGAUAAAUAUGAUGUGUAUAAUUUCCUCCCUCAGGAAAGAGAUAAAAAGACCUCUUCAAUGCUGCCAAUUAAUAAAUCCACUGUAAUAACUAAGCUGAGUAUCUCAGCAGAUUCCACUGCAAAUUUGAAUAAGGCUUCAGAAAGGCUACCUGUUGUGGAUAACUGUUCAAUUUUUACCUGAAGUAACACUAAAUUUGCAAAAAAUAGAAAACGUCCAUCCCAACUUUUCAAGCUACAGGGACAGAACAUAAACCGAAGUAUUUCUGUUGAUAAAAAUGAAUUACUUCAAGAGGAUCCGAUGACAAAUAUGACUCAAGUAAAUGAUUCUGGAAUGAUAAUAUCUACUUGAGGCUCUAUAUACAAAUCAACCAAAAAGGAAGUUAAAAAUAUACGAAAAUGAUUAGAAAAGAUCGUAAAAUCAAGCAUUAAGCAAAGAAUGAAGUUAUCAAGGCCAGCUUUAAAUUCUUACGUAAAGUUUAAGAAGAAUAAUCCUGAUCUCCCUGAUCGCACAAAGAAACCUUCAGAAGAGCAAGAAAGUAACUUUAAACCUACAUUUAUUCCUUCCUUACAGACUAAGCCAGCUACUAUGCACCAGAAGUCAUGGAAGAUCCUUCCUGGAAGAGGGAAGGGUAUAGCUGAGCUCAAGAAGGAUGACCAUGAAGGCUCUCCACAAAUGAAGGAAACUAACCCUGAGGAGUUCCUAAAUCUGAUAGCUAAGCAAACAGGCCAUUAUAGCUAUGAAGCGAAGAAGCAACCAAAUAUGAACCAAUCAAAGCGUUUAAAGACAAAGAGCUCAAAGCCUAAGUUUAUAGCUUCUAAUGCCCAAUUGCCAAAGACAUUAAAGAAGGUAGGAAGCUUAAACGAAGACCUGAUGCAUGUUACUAUGAACGGAGGAGAUUAAUUAGUUAU